AUGGUGUCUACGAGUUGUCUAACUUGCAUUGCCUCAACUACAUUAUUAUUACUAUUAGCACAUACAGCGUACGUAACGAUAAGAACAAUGCAACCGAAUAAGUUAAAAAUACUGAUGAUCGGUCCGUCAGAGAGUGGUAAAACACAUAUAGCUAACUUCAUUUCCGACUCAAUAAACAUAGAAGAAGCAGACACCCCUCGGCCAACCCAAGGAGUCAGAAUUGUCGAAUUUGAACUUUCUAAUCUGAACGUUAAUGGUAAAACUACAAACAUUGACAUUGAACUUUGGGAUUGUAGCGGAGACCACAGGUUUGAAUCGUGCUGGCCUGCACUUAGACUUGGAGUACAAGGAGUUAUUUUGGUAUGUUCGCCGAACACUGCACAGACUGCAUCUAGGGAAAUGGAACUCUUUUACAACUACUUUGUAUCUCAGCCAAAACUGUCUGCAAAGCAGUGCGUGCUCUUCUACAAUUGUACUGAAGAUCGAGAUGAUCAACAAGAAAUGGUCUCACUAAAUCUUUCCCACACAUUUUCAAAAGUUUCUCAAGUGACCAUAAAUUUGAAAACUGGUGGCUCUCGCUUAAAAAUAGACUUCUCUAAUUAUAUUACCUCCAUUCUCCAAUCAAUAAAUAAAGACAACUGA